AUGAGUUUCGUCGUCAUUUAUGCCAUGUCCAUGAAAGACAGUUCCGGGAUAUCACAGAAUGGACCAACGACUAGAAGGAAUCCGGUAAAUCAGGUCUUAGCCGCGUUCAGUUAUGCUUAUGGAAUUCCAGAAGUUUCAGUUACUUCUGUGCGUCCUCAUCCAAGCAAUCGUUGGUCUGGCGGCAGAGUCGUUACUGUGGCCACGUUCAACUCCACUUUGAGCACACCUCACAACAAGCCCCAGCGCCAAUCCCAGUUCUGCGGUUACGGAUUGGCACAUCUCACCAAGAAUGGCAAUGAAAAAAAAUACGUGGCCUUCAGGGCAACCAAGGAUGAGUUCUCUCAGGUCGGCGAAAGCCGCUGCAAACAGGCUGCGGAUUGCGUAUGGGAGAAGGAAUUCGAACAAAUGGAUAAUUGGCUGACGUGCUUGGACUGGGUCAGGAAGAAGUCAGCGAAGGUUUGGCUAGGGAAAAAAGGGACGUCAGCUGCUAAGGUGACGACUACAACACUCAACAUGCCCUUGAGGAAACCAAAGUUAAAUAAGGACUUUUUCGAGUCCGAGUGGCGAGAAUUCGCAGACAGAACCACGCUUGCUGGCUGCUCGCAAUUGGCAGAAACGCGACACCGAUCAGCGAGAACCGCGUGGUUCGUCAUAUUUUGCGCGUUGCUCGGAAUGACGGUGUGGAACACGACGACUGUCGUACUGGACUACUUGACGUACCCAGUGACGACGUUCGUCACAGUGACGGUGGAGCCCAAGAUCCGAUUCCCAGCUGUCACGAUUUGCAAUCGGAAUCCCGUCGAGUGUUCUAAAGUUGCUGUGGUGUAUUUGAAACAUCGGGAUGAUCCGGCGAUCCGAGAUUUUUUCAACUACAGCAAUUGUUUGGAGUCUGUGACGAGGCCUCCGCUGAUUUAUAAACUGAUGAUGAACAACGAUAGCGUAGUGAAACAAUGGACUCAAGGUUGGACCAAGAUUUUAAUUGACAAUGUCAAUUUGGACGUGGUUCCCGAAUCCUUGCCUUUCUUGAACCGAGAUUGCAAAGCACAGUUAUCGAUUUCUGGACAGACGAACGAUUCUAUCGCUUUUAUUAAGCAGUUCGAGUUCUCCAGCACAUUCAUCCCACUUUACGGAAUAUGCUUCGUGUUCAACAACGAAGUCGAGUUUCUCCCCGACAUUGGAAAAUAUCGACACAGAAAAUUGAAAAAUGUUGUUCAAGCAGGAGCGUAUGGC